GGGCAGGGGUCGUGCGGCCCCUCCGGGCAGCCGGGGCCGGGGCCGGGGCGGCCCCCACCGAGGGAGAGGUAGGCCCCGGAGCCUGCUGUCUCUGCCCAGGGCCCAGGCGUCCUGGGCGCCCCAGCUCCCCGCCGGGCUGACCAGCCCUCCCGUGCCCUGUCUGUCCUCUCAGGGGGACACCCCCGCUGAGAUGGGGGCGCUGCUGCUGGAGAAGGAGCCCCGAGGAGCCCCCGAGAGAGUCCCUGGCUCUCUGGGGGACACCCCUCCCAGUGAGGAGACCCUGCCCAAGGCCAGCCCCGACUCCCUGGAGCCCGCCGGCGCCUCCUCGCCGGCCUCCGUCACUGUCACCGUGGGCGAGGAGGGCGCUGACACCCCCGUGGGGGCCGCGCCGAUCAUUGGGGAUGAACCCGAGAACCCGGAGGGCGAUGGGGGCCGAGUCCUGCUGGGCCACGCCACGAAGUCCUUCCCCUCUUCCCCCAGCAAGGGGGGUGCCUGUGCCAGCCGGGCCAAAAUGUCAAUGACCGGGGCCGGGAAGUCGCCCCCAUCCGUCCAGAGUUUGGCGAUGCGGCUGCUGAAUAUGCCCGGGGCCCAGGGACCCGUGGCUGCAGCGGGGCCUGAACCCGCUCCGGCUACCACCGUCUGUCCAGAGGGGCAGCCCAAGGUCCACCGCGCCCGGAAGACCAUGGCCAAGCCAGGGAAUGGGCAGCCGCCGGUCCCUGAGAAGCGGCCCCCAGAAGUACAGCAUUUCCGAAUGAGUGAUGACGUGCACUCCCUGGGGAAGGUGACUUCAGAUGUGGCCAAGCGGAGGAAGCUGACCUCUGGAGCUGGCCUGUCGGAGGAGUUGGGUUCUGCCCGGGGUUCGGGAGAAGUGACCCUGGACAAAGGGGACCCCAGGUCCCUGGAGGAGUGGGAGACGGUGGUGGGGGAUGACUUCAGUCUCUACUAUGACUCCUACUCUGUGGAUGAGCGAGUGGACUCAGACAGCAAGGAGAGAGCUGUGGCCCGGGGGUUGCUGUCUCCCCAGCCCCGGUUUCCUCUCUCCCAGUCUGAAGUUGAAGCCCUGGCCGAGCAGCUGAGUGAAGAGGAGGAGGAGGAGGAGGAAGAGGAGGAGGAGGAAGAAGAAGAGGAGGAGGAGGAAGAUGAGGAGGAGGAAGACGAGGAGUCGGGCAACCAGUCGGACAGGAGCGGCUCCAGCAGCCGGCGCAAGGCCAAGAAGAAGUGGCGGAAGGACAGCCCGUGGGUGAAGCCGUCUCGGAAACGGCGGAAGCGGGAGCCUCCGCGGGCCAAGGAGCCUCGAGGAGUGAAUGGUGUGGGCUCCUCAGGCCCCAGUGAGUACAUGGAGGUCCCUCUGGGGUCCCUGGAGCUGCCCAGCGAGGGGACCCUCUCCCCCAACCACGCUGGGGUGUCCAACGACACGUCCUCCCUGGAGACGGAGCGCGGCUUCGAGGAGCUGCCCCUGUGCAGCUGCCGCAUGGAGGCGCCCAAGAUCGACCGCAUCAGCGAGCGGGCCGGCCACAAGUGCAUGGCCACUGAGAGCGUGGACGGCGAGCUGUCGGGCUGCAACGCGGCCAUCCUCAAGCGGGAGACCAUGAGGCCGUCCAGCCGCGUGGCGCUCAUGGUGCUCUGCGAGACCCACCGUGCCCGCAUGGUCAAGCACCACUGCUGCCCGGGCUGCGGCUACUUCUGCACGGCGGGCACCUUCCUGGAGUGCCACCCGGACUUCCGCGUAGCCCACCGCUUCCACAGGGCCUGUGUGUCCCAGCUCAACGGCAUGGUCUUCUGUCCCCAUUGCGGGGAGGAUGCGUCCGAGGCCCAGGAGGUGACCAUUCCCUGGGGCGAUGGGGGGCCGCCUCAGGCCGGUGCUGCAGCCCCUGCGCCCCCACCCCUGGCCCAGGAUGCCCCAGGGAGAGCAGAUACCUCCCAGCCCAGUGCCAGGAUGCGAGGCCACGGGGAGCCCCGGCGGCCACCCUGCGACCCCCUGGCCGACACCAUCGACAGCUCGGGGCCUUCGCUGACCCUGCCCAACGGGGGCUGCCUCUCAGCCGUGGGGCUGCCACUGGGGCCGGGCCGUGAGGCCCUGGAGAAGGCCCUGGUCGUCCAGGAGUCGGAGAGGCGGAAGAAGCUGCGUUUCCACCCGCGGCAGCUGUACCUGUCUGUGAAGCAGGGGGAGCUGCAGAAGGUGGUCCUGAUGCUGUUGGACAACCUGGACCCCAACUUCCAGAGCGACCAGCAGAGCAAGCGCACGCCCCUGCACGCGGCCGCCCAGAAGGGCUCCGUGGAGAUCUGCCACGUGCUGCUGCAGGCUGGAGCCAACAUCAACGCUGUGGACAAGCAGCAGCGGACCCCGCUCAUGGAGGCCGUGGUGAACAACCACCUGGAGGUGGCCCGCUACAUGGUGCAGCGAGGCGGCUGUGUCUACAGCAAGGAGGAGGACGGCUCCACCUGCCUGCACCACGCAGCCAAAAUCGGCAACUUGGAGAUGGUCAGCCUGCUGCUCAGCACGGGACAGGUGGACGUCAACGCCCAGGACAGCGGGGGGUGGACGCCCAUCAUCUGGGCCGCGGAGCACAAGCACAUUGAUGUGAUCCGCAUGCUGCUGACCCGGGGCGCCGACGUCACCCUCACUGACAACGAGGAGAACAUCUGCCUGCACUGGGCCUCCUUCACCGGCAGUGCCGCCAUCGCGGAGGUCCUCCUGAACGCCCGCUGCGACCUCCAUGCGGUCAACUACCACGGGGACACGCCCCUGCACAUCGCAGCCCGGGAGAGCUACCACGACUGUGUGCUGCUGUUCCUGUCCCGGGGGGCCAACCCUGAGCUGCGAAACAAGGAGGGGGACACGGCGUGGGACCUGACCCCCGAGCGCUCCGACGUGUGGUUUGCGCUCCAGCUCAACCGCAAGCUCCGGCUUGGGGUGGGAAACCGGGCCAUCCGCACGGAGAAGAUCAUCUGCCGGGAUGUGGCUCGGGGCUAUGAGAACGUGCCCAUCCCCUGCGUGAAUGGCGUGGACGGGGAGCCCUGCCCCGAGGAUUACAAGUAUAUCUCAGAGAACUGUGAGACGUCCACCAUGAACAUCGACCGUAACAUCACGCACCUGCAGCACUGCACGUGCGUGGACGACUGCUCCAGCUCCAACUGCCUGUGUGGCCAGCUCAGCAUCCGGUGCUGGUAUGACAAGGACGGGCGGCUGCUGCAGGAGUUUAACAAGAUCGAGCCCCCGCUGAUCUUCGAGUGUAACCAGGCCUGCUCCUGCUGGAGAAACUGCAAGAACCGGGUGGUGCAGAGCGGCAUCAAGGUGCGACUGCAGCUUUACCGAACGGCCAAGAUGGGCUGGGGGGUCCGAGCGCUGCAGACCAUCCCCCAGGGCACCUUCAUCUGCGAGUAUGUUGGGGAGCUGAUCUCCGAUGCGGAGGCUGACGUGCGGGAAGAUGACUCUUACCUCUUCGACUUGGACAACAAGGAUGGAGAGGUCUACUGCAUUGAUGCUCGUUACUAUGGCAACAUUAGCCGCUUCAUCAACCACCUGUGUGACCCCAACAUCAUCCCCGUCCGGGUCUUCAUGCUGCACCAAGACCUGCGGUUCCCGCGCAUCGCCUUCUUCAGCUCCCGCGACAUCCGGACCGGGGAGGAGCUGGGCUUUGACUACGGUGACCGCUUCUGGGACAUCAAGAGCAAGUACUUCACCUGCCAGUGCGGCUCUGAGAAGUGCAAGCAUUCCGCGGAGGCCAUCGCCCUGGAGCAGAGCCGCCUGGCCCGCCUGGACCCCCACCCCGAGCUGCUGCCCGAGCUGGGCUCCCUGCCCCCCGUCAACACCUGAGAGCGGACCACGCCCCGUCCCUGCCCUGGCCCCGCGGCCAACGGCUUUGCGCCUCCUGCCGCCCGACUCACAGCCCAGCCGGGGCACUGCCCCCUCCGCCGCCGCCCGUGCCCUUCACACAUUCCUCUCCAGGGCCCUGGAGGUCUGACAGCCCCUCUCCCGGAGCCGGCUUCUCCCUGGGAGCCUGACUGCGGAGCUGGCCACCCGGCCCUCCACCUCCACUGACGUUGGAUAAAUUGAAGUUGCGCUUCUGUGCCAACCGGGUGUUUUUUUCUCAGUAAAUGUCGGGUUUAGUAAUAAA